GGCUUACAUCAGUUCUCUCUCUCUCUCUCUCUCUCUCUCUCUCUCACACACACACACACACGACAGAGUUAUUCGAUGGCAAGGAACAGACCGAUGAUUGCCUUAGGAAAAGAAUGAAACAGAGCUCAACGGAAACGAAUAAACCGGAAAAGAAAGAAUAAUGUGAAGUAGAGUGCUUGCCCUAAUGAUCGGUGGUUGAAUGAAUUUUACAACUGUCUGGCUGCCGCUUUCUUGACAACUUAGUUCUAAGAUUGUCACUCCAUGGGGGGAGCUUGUUCAAGAAAGCGAGACCAACAGGUUGAUGAGGAUGUCAUUGAUAGGGGAUUUUCUGGAAGAUAUUGUAAAUGCGGUAGUUCAAAGUGGUUGGGAGCCUCAUUUGCUCGAGCAGCUGUGGACCCUAAACAGGGAAAUGGGAAAUGCCCGUCUCUCAUGGAACUGUGCAUUUAUAAGAUUCGUGAAGACAUAAAUAAAUAUAACAACUUUUCCAUACUGCCAAGGGAUAUUAGUCAGCAGAUCUUUGAUGACUUGGUUUAUUCCCUAUGUAUGACUGGUGUAAAUCUUGAAGCUUUUCGAGAUUGUGCUUUGCAGGAUCUUAAUAUGGGGGAAUACCCAGGAGUUGAUGACUCAUGGAUGGGUGUUAUUUCUUCACAAGGGCCAUCUUUACUUUCAGUUGAUAUUUCUGGGUCUGAUGUUACUGAUUCUGGGUUGAUUCAUCUCAGAGAUUGCACAAAUCUUCAAGCUUUGAAUUUUAGUUUUUGCGAGCAGAUUUCAGACCGUGGGCUGGAAUAUAUCAGUGGUCUCUCUAACUUGACAACUCUGAGUUUUAGAAGAAAUAAUGCUAUUACUGCUCAAGGAAUGAGUGCCCUUUCUGGCCUAGUUAACUUGGUAAAGUUGGAUCUAGAAAGAUGUACAAAGAUACAUGGUGGACUUGUUCAUCUUAAAGGACUAACAAAGCUAGAGUCUCUUAACAUCAACUGUUGUAAUUGCAUCACGGACACCGAUAUGAAGCCUCUUGCAGGGCUUACAAACUUGAAAGUGUUACAAAUUUCCUCCAGCAAGGUUACAGACUAUGGUGUCACCUUUUUGAAAGCUUUGCACAGCCUUGCUUUAUUGAACAUGGAGGGUUGCCUUGUUACCACAUCAUGCUUGGAGUCGCUUUCAGCUCUGGGUUCUCUGUUAUAUUUGAAUCUAAGCAGAUGUAAUUUGACCGAUGAUGGGUGCAAGAAUUUUGCGAGGUUGCAUGCUUUGAAAGUAUUGAACUUGGGAUUCAAUGACAUUUCAGAUGCUGUUUUGGUGAACCUAAGAGGUUUAACAAAUUUGGAGAGCUUGAAUCUGGAUUCAUGUCGGAUUGGCGACGAAGGGCUGGUUAACUUGAAAGGCCUUCAGCAUUUGAUAUAUUUGGAGUUGUCCGAUACGGAAGUCGGAAACAAUGGAUUGCAUUAUCUUUCUGAUUUGGGUAAUCUGCAGAGUUUGAAUCUGUCGUUCACUGUUGUUACCGAUGGUGGCUUGAGGAAGUUGUCUAGAUUAUCAUCUCUAAAAUCACUCAAUUUGGAUUCUCGCCAAAUCACAGACACUGGGCUUGCAGCUCUUACAAGUUUGACUGGAUUGACUGAGUUGGAUCUUUUUGGGGCUCGUAUUACUGAUUCUGGAACAAACUAUUUGCGAAGUUUUAAAAACUUGCGCUCGCUGGAAAUUUGUGGUGGAGGAUUAACUGAUGCUGGUGUCAAGAAUAUCAAAGAUCUUUCAUCUUUGACACUGUUAAAUCUUUCCCAAAACAACCACCUGACUGACAAAUCCCUGGAGUCAAUAUCUGGUACUUUCCAUCAACUUCAAACUUCAAACUAUCUAUGCCAUUUCUUUUACUUUUGGAAGCUCUAUGGAACAUCUGCAUUUUGACAUGUGAGGUACAUUGUUUGUUUUUGUGGGUAUGUCAUAACACUAAUUCAAAAGUCAUCUUCUGAGGGUUGACGUGCCAAAGCCAUAAAAUCAUUGUUGUAUGGCUAACAGUGGAUGCGCCAGUCUGGAAUUGUGGGUCUGAUUUCCGCCAUGCAGUGAUGUUUUGUAGAUUGCAUUGUCAUUAGUUGGUGACUGCUAUUUCUGCUGGGAUGUUCGAAGCUGUGGUCUAAUAUAUUGUUCUUGGAAGUGAUCAUUGAAAUGGACUGUUUCCAUCCUCUUGAAGACAACCAACCAAACUACUGGUCAUUUAUCCCUCCAAUCGUAGUGAAACUGGACAAUUCAUCAAUGAUUCUGGAAGCCCUAUUAAGUUGCUUCUCAUGCAUGUAGAAGCGUUACCUGCAAUUGAUGAUAGAAUAGUUUUACUUUUUCAUGUUUUGACAAUGAGAUUUCUAGACUGCUAUCUUUUGUGUCGUUGGCGGUUCAGCUUGCUUUAUAUUACUCGCUAAUAAUGCAGGAUUGAGACAAUUGGUCUCUUUAAACAUGUCAAACUCUCGUAUUACCAGCGCCGGGUUGCGGCAUCUGAAGCCACUAAAGAAUCUCAAAUCACUGACCUUGGAGUCCUGCAAGGUGACUGCGAGUGAUAUAAACAAGCUUCAGUUAGCAGACCUCCCGAAUUUGGUAAACUUUCGGCCUGAAUAGUCUGUAAGAAAGACAUUUCCCGAAUGUCUCACCAGCAAUGAAGUGCUGCUGUAUAUAAAUGACCACAAUAAAGCAUGGCAUUUGUGUUUGUACAUAUAUGGCUAACAUUAAGAUUGGCAUUGAUAACAAUGAAGUUCUCUGUGCUGCAUGAGCAUGCUCACGUAUCGUCUGCUUCACACAAGAAGUGUAAAUAAGCUUCCCUGGCGGGUGGUUCCUAAAUACAACUCCCAGGAGCUAUGGUAUAUAAUAUUUGAUCCCAAGUUGUUGUGUGAUGCUUUGAUGAUUUGUGUACAUUUAUUACUCUUUUAAGGCUUUUGAGCCACUACUAUGGAAAACCGUCUGAAUGUAAAUCUUGGCUGCUUCUUAGUGCCUGAAUGUUCUUUUUUGUAAUGGCCAUGAAUUAGUGUGGCGCGUUUUAAAUAAGUCAUGCCAGCAUAAGUUAAUGUCCGAU